GAAGGAAGGGUAUUGAAUGCUGCUCCUGCCCAGAGCAAUGGAACGAGCCCUGUGUGUGAGCCUGCAGUGUCUUACUGGGACAAAAAGUUUGCUUUGAGCAAGUGGAAGAGGAGUCGAAGGACUGGCACUAAGGAUGGAAUUCCAUGGAUUUGCUCAUGUUUCUCGCUGUGCACUGGGAAUCAUUUACAUUGCUGCUUUAGGCAACCUGGCAGCGAGCUCGUCUGAGUUUUCAGGUUACAUUUCUAGGAUAUUAAAGAAUUAUACACUGCGUGCAUGUGACGGAGAAUAUGUUUCACUUAGAUGCCCUCACAGGACCACUAUCAGCGUCCAGUCAUCAUUUUAUGGCCGAAAGCUGCCCAGCCAUCAGAUGUGCCCGAUACAAUACCCACGCUCAUUUGAAAUGUUUUUUAAGGAGGACGUGUCCUGCUCUUCUGAUGCCUCACUUCAGAAAAUUUUGGAUGAGUGCCAGGACCGGAGAACGUGCCAGCUCCUCGUUAGCAGCCGAUUAUUUGGAUCAGACCCAUGUCCAGGAACCAGCAAAUAUCUUGUUGUACAGUACAAGUGCCGGCCAAAUGAAUACAAGAGUAAAGUGGCGUGUGAAGACGAUAAGUUGAGGCUGUCUUGUAAGAAGAACACUGUCAUUGCUAUCUAUUCGGCCAUCUUUGGUCGGUUACAUGGAGGCAGCUUGGAAUGUCCAUUCCAAAAUCUAGGCUUCCCGUCUGUAGAGUGCCAGUCAGCCUUGGCCGUUCCAGUGAUGACCAAGCGAUGCCAAGGCAGGAGAAGCUGCAGUGUGUAUGCCAGCACCUAUGAGUUUGGGGAUCCAUGUUACCCCGGUGUCCGAAAACAUCUGAAUGUCAUCUAUACCUGUGUGCCGAAGAAAUUGCUCUAUGAAACCGAGCCAAAGUCAACAAAUUACCAAGGAAUCCUACAAACACACUUCCCACGGCAGCGGGGCACAUACGAUCGGAAUGUUAUAGGGGAUGGGGCCUUCGUCGCCGAUCCAGCUUUUAUAACAGAGCAGCAACUGCCAGCAGAGAAGAAGAAGGGAAGAGCCGCUGCCUUUUAUCCAGCAAGUAACAACCCUUCUAUGGAUGAGGCUUAUCAGCCUGUUACCAACCGCACUAUGGCACCCGUGGGUCAGAUGAACAGGGAGAUGGCAGUGCUCAGCAACAUGAUGGCAGCAUAUUCCUUUAUCACAGAAAAUCCAGAGAGAGCCGCUUUGUAUUUCGUAUCGGGAGUGUGCAUCGGCCUCAUUCUCACCCUGGUGGCGCUGGUCAUGAGGAUAUCCUGCCAGGCGGACUGUAAAAGGACCGCGGUGAAGAAGGUUCCCAGGAGACAGGACAGCGACAGUGACACCAGCGACAGCGACGAUGACUCCGACACCGCGUCAGACUUGUCAGCAAGGAGGCAUCGACGCUUUGAGAGGACUUUAAACAUGAACGUUUUUACCUCCGCCGAGGAGUUGGAGAGGGCACAGAGGCUUGAAGAACGGGAACGCAUCAUCCGGGAAAUAUGGAUGAACGGGCAGCCGGACAUCCCAGGAACGAGAAGUCUCAAUCGGUACUAUUAGUGCGCAAAUGCAUUUCUCUGGGGUUAACUUUCACAUUCUCCUGGUUUCCUUAAAUGAUUUGAUGGACCAAUGAACAGAAGAGCUUGUGCUCACCUGGAAAACGAAUUAAGGGAACCGCCUGAAGGAAAUAUUAAAAGCUUCUCUAGGUAUUUCUCAAGGCUUUGCUUGAAGGAGGCCUAUUAUUUGUUGGACUUGAUGCUGAGAUGCAGCAUGAUAUGCUAUGAUGUAAUGGGGCCAUUUUUACUGGCGAGGACAAUCGGACGCCCCAAAGCAGGAAACCUGCUACAGUUUAUGGGCAUUUUCAUGGAGGUGCAGAAGGAGCUUCCUUUAUUGAACGUUACAAAAUAUUUAAGACUUUUGGAGUCUCUGCCGGCAUUUAAACUGACACCUCGGGGACCAAAGUACAAUAUUUUUUG